AUGGAGGCCCCGAGCGACCUCGGGCAGUUGCAGGCGCCUUUGCGGCACUUGGCGGCGCAGGCGCAAAAGAAGCGUGACGAAGUGACACGACUGAAGCGUCAGCUCGCGCAGAGCGAAAAAGAAGUGCUCGGCCUGGACAGCGACUACCAGACACGCCUGCUUUGCUACGCACGGGCCGCCUGCCUCGAGCUGGCACACAGGAUGCACCAAAAGCUUCCUGCAGCGCUGCGGGAGCUGGUCUACGAAUAUCUAUGCUUGGAUCCAGGCCGUCCCAUCCCAGCCGGACCCUACUACCAUUUCCGCAGCUAUCAUGUGCCGCCCGUCGUUCCCCCGCCACCCGAAGCAGCCCUCGACUCGCACGCUGGCUGGCGUCACCAAACCCAAGGAACCCCAAAGCCUAUUGAGCAUCUGUCCGGCCUGGACGUCUCGCCAGACACGGAAGACAUUGAUCUUGGUAACGACUGCAUUGUGCUGCCAGACGGCCGCAUCAAGGAAGAACACACGCAUAGAGCGCCCAGCGACAUGGUGCUUCCAAGUAGCCCUCUGCUGGACCCCCGAUAUGUUGGCCCAGCCAUGUCGUAUGAGAUGCAGAAGAUGUACUACACGCACAAUACGUUUUCCCUGUGUAGCGUCGAAGACGGCAUAGCAAACUUCUUCGGCCACCACACUGGCUACAGUAUGCAAAAGUGGCCCCAAGGUCGUCGUCCGCGUCUUGCUGCGGCCCUGGAGCUGGAUCCAUUGUUCUUCGCAGCAGAGCACAUUCGCAGACUGCAGAUCCGCGUCAAGCUGGAGCACUUUUUCUCAGACAUGCCCAAGGACGCGACCGGCGUCGAAGCAUAUGCGUACGAGCAGAGCUUCCUGCGGUCGGCGUGGUCUAACGUCCAGGGACUGGGGCACUACCUGGCCCGUCGCCCCAAGGGCGGCGCGGAGAUUGAGUUUGUCCUUUUGACGGGGCUGCCUUGUUCAGACAGCGAAGAGAGCCGGCGGCAGUGCCAGCGCUGCUUUGCCAAUUUCCUGCAGUGCAUCCGCAGCAUGGUCUAUACCAUGAUGCACGACUGUGACGACGUGCGAGUCACGGUCACGCACCACGACGACAAGAUGUCGGCAUUUCCCAGGAACAUCACGGGCGUGUUUGCCUUGUCGCGAGAGCAGUGGGAAUAUGAAAAGUCGGUGCAGGCGGGCGGGGAGGAGUGCGAGUGGGAAGCAUGCUGGUUCGCGGCGCCAGCACGAGCCGGUGUAGUCGGGCUUUCGGGGAUACCUGAAGACGAGGUGCACGUGAUGCUGGCAGAGCGAUGGGGCCUGGAGUCAGCACUGGAUGCGCGCGCGACGCAGGCGAUCCGUGAGGGCCGGUAUUGGCCCAGGGCGCGCGUGCGUGACCCGGCGGCGGCGGCGUUGUUGGGGCAUUUCGGGUAA